AUUUCAGGCAGAAGAAUAAAGGAUGCAAAGAUUCAGUGAAUGCUGAAAGGAUGCACUCAAUUAGGUGCUCGAAAACUAUGAAUCUACAACAGGAUUAAGGAAGAUUUUUACAGAGGAUAUGCUGAGUAGAGUUUUGAAGGGUGUGUUAGGAGUCGUCCAGACAGAACGAGCCAGGGGAAGGACACGAGGUGAAAGGCCCAACAAGGACAACAGAAGAGAAAGUUCUAGAUGGCUUGGGGAACAGGCUGAGUGUGACCCAGGGAAAGGUGCCUUUCACCUAGAAGUUUUUCUAGGCAGUCUUACUCUAGAUUUCUCUGUCUGUGUCAACCCUAACUAAAGUUGGAGGGGCAUGGAUGUGAGACACAGAACUGAGUUCUUUCCCAUUCCCAGCCUGACAUAGCACAGCCCUGGGCACCAGUUCAUCUAAGCUUAUCGAAUAUAUACCCUGCCUCUCCUGCACACUCUAUGGCUCCUAUUUACCUAUGGAACUAGAUCAAAAGUCCUAUGCUUGGCCUUCAGUGUCUGAGCACUCAAUUAGAUGUUUUGUCCUGCUAACCUCCUGAUGCUUCCUCUUGGGCCCUUCCUUUAACCAUCUUGAAUUUGCCAGCACAGAGCACAUGGUUCCACACCUCCAAGCUUUUGGACAUGACAGGAAUGUUUCCUUUAUGGGCUGAUGUUAAGGUCCUCUUUCUUUCUUUUCUUUUGUUUCUUUCUUUCUCUCUUUCUCUCUCUGUUUCUUUCUUUCUUUUUUUGAGAUAGAAUCUUGCUCUGUUGCCUGGCCAUGGUCUUAGCCUGGCUCACAGCAACCUCAAACUCCUGGGCUCAAGCAAUUCUGCUGCCUCAGACUUCCAAGUAGCUGGGAACACAGGAGGGGUCUUGAUUAACUCAGGCUGGUCUUGAAUGCCUGACCUUAUGAGAUGUUCCCACCUUGUUCUUCAUGAGUGCUAGGAUUACAGGCAUGAACCACCAUCCUGGUCCCUCCUUUUUUUCUUUAAGCUCUUCUGAGGACUCAUUUCUUUCCUUGGGGUCUUCUGAGUCUUUUGUGUUGCCCAGCCCAAUCCCUGGAGCUGGGAUCAUCUUUCAUACAAGUACCAUAAAGGAGAGCCAGUGCUCAGGUCACUCUGGGGUGUCAGAAAGGCAUUGGCACAUGGAGGCUGGUCUCAAGGCAGCCCCUAUCCAUUCUAUUUGCAGUGACCCUCUUUUGGCUGGUGUACCCCGGGACUCUGAAUACUCUGUGUCCUACCUGCCCUCACCUUCCUCACCCUCCGUGUGUUUGCCUGCUAACGGGAAGUGUGAUAAGUACUGGGGUUCGUUGGGGGGCUGCCCUGGGACUGGGGGACUGGGAGGGGCUGGGAAUGCAAGAAAUGCUCUGGACUGGCCCUCAAUGAAACCCUCACCCCCAGGCUCUGCCUCAGACAAGACUUUGCACUAUACAACUCACUGGUCCAGAACCUCAGAGACAGAGACAGUGGAACCUGCUGUUUCCGAGGACACAGUGAGAAGUGUAGACUGGAGGACAGGGUGGGGCUUAGGGCCUCAGCCACAAGGGACUCCAUCGUUUUCCAACCCGGAUCUGCUAAAGGAACGCUGUAACGACCAGGACCUUUUGAAGAGGCUUCACAGCAUAGCUAAGAAGCCUGUGGAGGCCAGCUCUUCCAAAGUCAAAGCUAAAUCCAUUAUGGUGGUUUCCGACUCCCAGAAACUUCUGCGGUGUGAACUGGAGUCACUUAGGAGCCAGCUACAGGCCCAGACCAAGGCUUUUGAGUUCCUGAACCACUCAGUGACCAUGUUGGAGAAGGAGAGCUGUCUGCAGCAAAUCAAGAUUCAGCAUCUUGAAGAGGUGCUGAGCCCCACAGGCCGGAAGGGAGAGAAAGACGGACCCAGGUGGGGUAUGGAGCAGGGUCGGCAGGAGCUAUAUGAGGCCCUAGCCCAGGGGCUGGAGGGACUGCAGAAGACCCUGCGUGACAGUGAGGAGCUGCAGCGGGUCCGCACCACACGCUGCCUGCAGCUACUGGCCCAGGAGAUCCAGGACUGCAAGAAGUUCCUGUGGGAGGAGUUGGAGCUGGUGCGGGAGGAUGUGAAUUUCAUGUACAAGAAACUACAGCUACAGGAGGGUGAGAUUUCAGAGAACCUGGUGAACAUCCAGAAGAUGCAGAAGACACAGGUGAAGUGCCGAAAGAUCCUGACCAAGAUGAAGCAGCAGAGUUAUGAUACACCUACCUGCCUGGAGACUGAGGAGAUGCUGCCAGGAGGCAGUGGGUGCUGGAAGGAUGAACUCCAGAAGGAACUGAGUGAUAUAUGGGCUGCUGUGCACGUGCUGCAGGACUCCAUCGACAGCCUCACCAUGUGCUCCAGGGCCCGUCCCAGGGACUUGAGCCUCAAGGGGCAUAAGGGGCAGUGGUAUGUGAGCUCUCCGCUGCAUUCCUGGGACUCAGACUCUGACUCAGACCAAGGCCUUUUCCAGCCACCUUACAGCAAGAGCCGCUCCUUCCCACCAGGUGCAUAGUCCCCAGCCCCCUCUCCACCCAUUCCCCCCCUGGCCUGCCCUUGACUCCCACUGUAUGGUCCCUUGGGGCUCCAAUCUGCAGCCCUGGGGUUCGCUGGAGCAGGCCGGCUCCUGACCCAUCCUCUCCAUCUACAGCCUGAGCAGCCGGGACUGCUCUCCCUGAAGACCCUUCCAGAGAGAAAAUAAAAUAGCCGAGACCCUCCUCUA